AUGAAACGACUAAAUAUUGAUUGGAAGAAAACUGAAUUCAUGAUGGUAGGCAAGAAGUACGGAAGAAGGAUAUCUAUCUAUCUAUCUAUCUAUCUAUCUAUCUAUCUAUCUCAGUCUGUUCAUAUCUAUCUAUCUAUCUAUCUAUCUAUCUAUCUAUCUAUCUCAGUCUGUUCACAUCUAUCUAUCUCAGUCUGUUCAUAUCUAUCUAUCUAUCUAUCUCAGUCUGUUCACAUCUAUCUAUCUCAGUCUGUUCUUAUCUAUCUAUCUAUCUAUCUAUCUAUCUCAGUCUGUUCUUAUCUAUCUAUCUAUCUAUCUAUCUAUCUAUCUAUCUAUCUAUCUAUCUCAGUCUGUUCAUAUCUAUCAAUCUAUCUAUCUCAGUCUGUUCACAUCUAUCUAUCUGUCAAUCUAUCUAUCUCAGUCUGUUCACAUCUAUCUAUCUAUCUAUCUAUCUAUCUAUCUAUGUCUUUUUCUGUCGGUCUUUUAUUCUAG